AUGGCGCGCUCUUCGUCACCAGAAUUCGGGAGACCCAAGUACUGCACCGAGAUGCCGCCAGCCAUCCGUGCGAAUCUGGACUGCCGUGUCAGCAAACAGGGAUUCUGCUUCCUGAAGAUGCUCCGGCUUCAGUUGAGACCACAAGGCGGCAAGUCCUUCGGGGUGGAUUCUAGUUGUAACUCAGAGGUCAAGGUAGCCAAAAUCAUGUGGCUACACCAUGCACAACAGAAUCUGUCAGACGUCAGUGCUGUCGAAAAUUGUAAGAAGCACAGCCCGAAGGACAAGCUGCGGCUCUUCCUCGAUGAGAACCGCCUCAUCAGAUGCAGAGGACGCUUGGAGAACGCCGAACUUUGCUAUCAAGCAAAGUAUCCAGUACUGAUUCCCCAAACGCAUCCCAUCACCCAGCUCAUCAUCAACGAUUGUCACCUGAUGACGAUGCAUGGCGGCGUUGCACACACGCUAUCAAGACUGCGUUACGAGUACUGGUUACCACGAGGGCGUGCAACAGUGAAGUCAUUCAUCACUAAGUGCCUGACUUGCCGGAAGCACCACGGUGGUCCAUACCGCACCCCAGAUAUGGCCCCGCUUCCAUCUGCCCGCGCAACAAGAUCUAUCCCGUUCACCCAUGUGGGACUAGAUUACUUCGGUCCUCUGCUCGUCAAGCACCAGCCAAGUACCAAGAAGGUAUGGGUCCUCCUAGUGACAUGUAUGGCAACUAGAGCUGUCCAUCUAGAACUGGUGGCAGACAUGACCACAGAGGAAUUCCUGCUAGCGUUCCGCAGGUUCGUGUCGUUGCGUGGUUGCCCUGAAGAGGUAGUGUCUGACAACGCGCCACAAUUCAUCCUAGCUAAGUCUGUUCUGGAUGUGGCCUUUGAAGAAUUGGCAACGAGUGAUGAUGUCCUGUCGUACAUGUCGAGGACUGGUGUGAAGUGGCACUAUAACCCACCGAUCUCACCUUGGAUGGGUGGUUUCUACGAGCGUCUCGUUGGAACAGUCAAACGAAGCCUGAAGAAGGUCGUUGGCCGCGCGCUCCUCACUGUGUCGCAACUGACUACCAUUCUCAUGGAAGUGUCAGCAGUCGUCAACUCGCGUCCACUGGUGUACGUGGACAAUGACUUGCAGGAGAUACUCACCCCAAGUCAUUUUCUGUGCCUGUCCGCAACUACUGGUGGCGUGCAACCCACUGCUGAUGACGGCGAUCCGGACCACAUCGAAGUUCCGACUGCAGCUCAGAAUCUUCUCUCUGUCUGGAAGAAGGGUCAACGAACAUUGGACCAGUUCUGGCGUGUCUGGCGAGACGACUACUUGGCUGAUCUCCGCAACAGUCACACUCGGAAGCUCCGACAGGCACGCGUUACCGCUUCAGAACAGCCAGCCGUUGACGAUGUUGUACUAAUAAGGGAUGACAUGCCCCGUGGCUCAUGGCGACUUGGUCGCAUUGUCGCUCUCCAUACAAGCAAGGACAUGGAGAUACGUUCCGCAACCGUCAUCACUGCAGAGAAGACAGAGCUCAAACGACCCCUGUCUCUCCUGUACCCUAUCUGUCCUGCUGCUAACUCCGAGGCUAACAACAACAGCACCGCUCCGGACACACACACCACUGGCCAAGCCGAUCUGCCAGUUCCAGCAGCUGUUGCUCCACCCAGUCGUCCACAACGUGCUGCCGCUAAGAAGCAACGUCAGACGCUUCGCCAAUUAAUUGGCAGCGAACUUGUUUAG